CACAUGAUCAUGGGGUGUUGGGAGGUAUUUAUACAGACUCCAUUUCAGUCACUCUGUAGAACACUUUAACAGAAGAUCAGAACAACAUGAGCUCUGAUGGUGCAUCCAAUGAGGGUAAUGCCUGCGAAGCUCCUGGUACUGAUCAACAUAACCAGGAGGAAACAAAGGCAGAUGAAUCUAGCAGUGAAAACAAGGCAAAGGAAAAUAACACAUCACAAAGCACUGCAGGAACAUCAAGUGAAUUAUCACCAGCUAAAGGGGUGAACAAUCUGUCCUCGAAGUGCCCAGACUGUUCCAGAAAUAUUGUAUCCAUAACGAAAGUUGACCAGGAUACAUUCAACAUUCAAAUCCAACUCAAAGUGUCUCAAGUGUCCAGUGAGGCAAAUCCAAAUCCAGAUAAUGUGGCAAUUAAACCAUGUCUACGCUGUUCUUCCUUAAAUGCAUCCAUUACAGGGAUUGGGCAAGACAUAUUUUAUUUUCAAAUAUCACGUAAACCUGAAAAUGAAGAAGUGUCCAGUGAGGAAAAUUCAAGCCUGGAUAAAGUAACAGCGGAACAAUGUCCACACUGUUUCAAAAUUACUGCAUCGAUUACAGGGAUUGGCGAGGAAGUACUUAACUGUCAAAUAUCACUCAAAUCUGAGAAGGUCAUGUCCACUAAGACAAAGCCAAAUCCAGAUGGAGAGGCUAUGCAUCUUCCCAUUAAGUGUCCAUACUGCUCCAGAGAAAUUGUAUCCCUAAUGGAAAUUAACCUGGAUACAUUCAAUUUGCAAAUCUCACUCAAACCAGAAAGUGAAAAUGUUCCCUUUAAGGAAAAUCCUACUCCGGGACAGGAACCGGAAAAGGAUGUAUCGUGGUAUAACACUUUCACAUGGGGGUUGUACAAAGUAAAGGUCUACUGCUUCUGCCGUGGAGGGACAUUUGGUACCGAUGAGACAAUUAUGAAAAAACUGAAGGAGAGCAAAAAACACGGCCUGUGGUCAGAAACAGUAAUUGAGGAGACAAAAAGUCUAGAGGAUUCUUCUGUCAACAUCGUCUUCUGCCCAAUUAUUUCCCGGGUUGGAUCAGAUGUGAAAUCGGCUAUGGGAGAUCCACGAGUCUCAGCAUCAAAUAAACCAGUGAUUCUGGUUCUUAUGCAUCAUACCAGAGAUGCUGACUACUCAACUGGAGGAAAAGGAUGGAUUGAAGACUAUAAAAAUGUUAAGCUGGAUGUUGUUCAUGUUCUCUUCCAUGAGACUGUACCAGGAUUACUGGAGUGUAAACAGAAUGAAGAGGCAAUCAACUCAAUUCUGCAAAAGUUAUAUAGUUUAUAGAAAAUGAGCACUUCAUAUCAUGCUUUGGUGUUUCAUCUUAUAUCAACAAGACUAGUUGUAGACAAUGCUAGCUUGUAUAACAUUGACUAAAGUUUAUGACUAUAAACAGAUGUGUUUCUUCAUAUUAAUUUCAGUUAGAGUGUAAUGAAAAAAAAAGAAAUUUGUCAAAAACAUUAUUAUUGUUUGUUUGCUUUUUCUUGACUGUGAAAAACAAAACAUAGCUGAUGAUGUACUAUACCAUGUACCUUGUAACUAAAGCCUCAAAAUGAUUAGUGGCAUUAUAAUAUAAGGGAGAAGACCUUACCUUUGCAUUACUCAUUCUGCACCUCUCCAGGGUGUUGUUGAACAAAAAAAGAAAAUAUUUUUAUCCUGCAUUUCAGUUAAUAUUUUACCCCUGUAAUAAGGUAUGAAGGCAAAUAAUUGUAUACCACAAAUUGCAUGGUUUUACUAAUUUUUCAACAUGUUAUUGAGAUAAUUGAGGAUAGCAGUUAGUUACCCCUUUUCCCAGCAUGUAGUAUGCCUGCUUUUAGAAUAUAUUUAUAACUGUGAAUAACCCAUUAAUGAUAAAUUCAAUUACAUUAAAGCUUUAAACUGCUAUUGUAUUACAGUGAUUUUUUUUCAUACGGAAAUUAUAGAUUCUCCAAGGGUUGUGAAUAUAUAUGGGUUUUUUUUUCCGUUUCCCAUUCUUUUUCAUUUCAAGGAGGAAUCAGGAUCUAAAAGGUUACAAUCAAUAUAUUAUAAGCACCUGAGUUCAGAAUUAUAUUAACCAUGGUACCUAACUGAGUGUAUUAAACCAAUAAUAAAUAAUCUUGUUAACAUGGAAGGAACACUGCAAGUGGUCCUGGUGGUAUGGAGAAAAAGGAAUGCGUUAACAACUAUAGUUACUAUAGAGUUGCUAUUGUAAAUAUGAUGUCACAAAGUCUAGGCUAUGUGAUAGAGAGUGCCUCUGUAAAAAAACGACAACCCUUGAUGUAAAUGUCUGGUCUAUGGUUGGUCUUCAUCCUGUUUUCAUCAGAAGAUAAGCCAAUGUCUCUUUCAGCCCUUACACUACCACUGUGAUGAAUCUAUAGAUUUCCAUGCUUUCUGCUAUCAACCGGAUAUCUUUGACGACCACACGAUAAAUAAUAAUGAUAAAUGUUUCCAUUAAACAAAUAAAAAAAAUGUCAUACUAAG